ACCAACAGUACACGCUCGGUGAACGUCUGAAACGCCGGUACUUGCUGCAGGAUCGCUCAUUGAGCUAGUGUUUUGUGACAUUUGUGCUGCAAACUUGAACCGUGUGUCCACGAUGAUGGCAAGGCAGGAAUCGCAAGGGCCCACCCUCAAGGAAGGCGGCUCGUACAUCAUGGAGGGGCACGAGUCGGCCGAGGCCAAGAACGUGUGCAUCAUCUUCUCGCCCGAGCAAGAGGAGGCCGGCGCACUGGCGAAGAUGUUGAAGAUUUUUGACGAACACCGUGUGAACUUGCUGCACAUCGAGUCCCGCUCGUCGACCCGUGGCCCGGGCUACGAGUUUAUGGUGGAGUGUGACGGAAAAGCUGGGACGCUCAGUGCGGCCAUCGAAACGAUUCGCGAGCACAGCAACUACUUCAACAUCAUCUCACGCGAUUACAAAGACAACGAAGCAACCGUGCCAUGGUUCCCACGCCGUAUCCGCGAUCUUGAUCGGUUCGCCAAUCAGAUCCUUUCGUACGGGGCCGAGCUCGACUCUGAUCAUCCCGGGUUCACCGAUCCGACGUACCGCGAGCGGCGCAAGUACUUUGCCGACAUAGCGUUCAAUUACAAGCACGGCCAACCGUUGCCGCACGUCGACUACACCGAGGCGGAAACCGACACCUGGCGCACCGUGUUCCGCCAGCUGACGAAGCUCUACCCGACGCACGCCUGCCGCGAGCACAACCACGUGUUUCCGCUGCUGAUCGAAAACUGUGGCUACCGCGAAGACAACAUCCCGCAGCUGGAGGACGUUUCGAACUUCCUGAAAGACUGCACCGGCUUCACGUUGCGCCCGGUGGCCGGUUUGCUGUCGUCGCGUGACUUCCUCGCCGGGCUGGCAUUCCGUGUGUUUCACUCCACCCAGUACAUCCGCCAUCCGAGCAAACCCCUGUACACUCCGGAACCGGACGUGUGCCACGAACUGCUCGGCCACGCGCCCCUUUUUGCCGACCCUUCGUUCGCGCAGUUCUCGCAAGAGAUUGGUCUCGCGUCACUCGGCGCACCGGAUGAGUUCGUCGAGAAGCUCGCCACGUGCUUUUGGUUCACGGUCGAGUAUGGGAUGUGCCGUCAGAAUGGCGCCCUCAAGGCGUACGGAGCAGGGCUGCUGUCCUCCUUCGGCGAACUCCAGUACUGUCUCACCGAUAAGCCCGAGCUGCGGGACUUCGAUCCGGCAAAGACGUGCGAACAAAAGUACCCGAUCACCGAGUACCAACCGGUGUACUUUGUUUCCGACAGCUUCGAAGACGCGAUCCAGAAGAUGAUCAACUACGCCAACACGAUCCCCCGCCCGUUCGGCGUCCGGUACGAUCCGUACACGCAGAGCAUCGAGAUCCUCGACUCGGUGCCCCAGAUCAGCAACCUGAUGCGCAACAUCCACAACGAGUUCGAGGUGCUGCAAAACGCGUUCAAGAAGCUGUAGGGAAAAUCUGCGAACAAACGGGGCGUUUAGCUAAGGUUAAGGAUCUUUGUUGUUAUUCUACCUAUUGUAAUGCUGUUCUGAGUUGUUUCUUUUUUAUACAAACUUUUAAACCCAUUAAUCACUAAGCGAGUUGAAAGUGCCAAAUAAAUGUCGUUUUCGUACAGUGUACAGCAAACAGUACAAAAA